AUGAGGGACGGUAAUGUACUGCCACAGUUCACCACAAACGAGUUGGUCAUUGUUGCCGUGCAGUCGACAGGACUCGGCCACUACACAUGUGUGGCCAUCAACCAGUGGGCACUGCGAUGUCUAUCGACACCAGUGUCACAGUCUAUGAGCUCCACAGUUCUAUCUCUCCCCAGAGUCUGUCGUCACCUACUUUGUGACGGAGAUGGGCCUGUGUUCGUUCCGAGCAGUGACCUGACACUUCUCCCGUUCACUGUGUCCCAGCAUCAUUUCCCUCUGGAGUUCUCCGUAUUCAUUUCCAAUGGAACCUGCACAGCAGAAGAUUUGUAUGACUCCCUCUACUCCCUAAUAUCUGAGACUAUCGAUGGAGAAACGUCUACCAUUGAUGAUUUUAAUGUGACAGAAGUGGAUUCAGAGAACUAUGACGUAUCCCUGAGUCUUGUGAGCCAAAACAUCACCACACCCUACCUUCACCUCUCGACGUUUGCCGAGAUUGCAAACUCAGCACUGCCUCACGCUAGGAGCCUUCGCAAAAGUGUACAACUGAUGACUGAUCUUCUAAAUGGAGACACUGUGGGCCUCAUCUGUCCGGGGACUGGAUCUUCAGUCGUGGAAGACUCUCUGGUAGUGGUUAAGUUGAGGUACGUGUGUCCACCAGGAAAGAGACUCAACUCCGACUACCUCCUCUGCUGUAAGCCACUCUCUAACCCUCUCACUCUUGGUAGAAGCUGUGACCUGAACUCUAUUUUAGUGAGCUGCGAGCGAGGGCACUUCUCCUCUGAGAUCGAGCGUUCUCGGAUUGUAAAUGGAGUCAGUUUCAGUGAGAGUGUUCCAGUGUGUGAGAGAUGUGCACUCUACACUUAUGCCGAUGCUCUCGGGAGCAUCACAUGCAGCCAGUGUCCGAAUUACCACACUACCUCAUUACCUGGAGCUUCCUCAGUCAUGACUGUCUGCGCAGAGGAAACCGUCCCUUACUUCCUCGAGGAAGACUCCAAACCCACUGCUGCAGUUCCUCCACUGAGGUGGCAUUCAUUAAGACUCUCCCUCUUGUCAGGAGACUCUGUAGAGGCCACAUCCUUCUCUCACGACCUGUCAGUCUCUGGCUCCGGUGGUUAUGUGGAGUUCUCUGGACUGAGUCCUGCUCUCUACACUCUGAGAGUAGUGGCCACGAAUGAUAGAAAUGACAAAGCUUUCAUUAAGACCCGUUUCGAGAUCACAGAUGACACGGAGCGCUGUACUCUCCACCUCAUCAAUGGUGGAGUGAGUGUGAGUGGAAACAGUGCCACAGUAGAGUUCACUGGGAGGGGACCCUGCCCACGGCUACCUCUGUUACCUGGACAAGAUGGAGCCCUACCAGUGCUCCAGUCCAGUGGUGGUGAGUGGGUUGAGUUCUGGGAGACAUGUCCUGAAGGUGGUACCCACUGGCUGUGGCAGGAACAGAAUGAACCUGAAAACUGACUUCAUCAUUGAGUGACAAACAAUAUUGUCAAUGUUCAUGUGAAACUGAAACGUUUUCUUAAAAACUACUAGAUAGUUCUCAAACUAUGUUUGUGGAAACUCUAAUAUAAUUUUUUUUCACGUUGUGACUCAAGCAGACAUCAAUACAGCUGUUCAAUGAAAUGAUCGUUGUAAACAAGU